CUGAUUGAUGCCGCACAAAAAUGAUUGUUCGUUCCAUGGUCCAUCCCCGUGUCAUUCAAAGGCACGUAUACAUAUCGGUAGUACCCACUCACUCUCACUGCAUCGCACCCACUGCAGCAUGCACCGAGGGAGAGAGAAGUAGGGAGCCCAUCAGGCGAACACUCACACAUGCCGAAACGCUCUGUACACUGACCUGACUGACUGCACCACACUGGAGAAAAAGAUCGAUGGUGCCAAGACCUAUAGGCUCGGGAAGGUCUCCAAGCACCAGCGAAUUCUGCUGCUAUGUACGACGAUGAACUGACUGACUGACUGACUGCAUGAGUGAAUGACUGACUGGAUGGAUGAAUGGAUGAAUGCACCCAGAGAGAAAGAUGGGUGGGUGGGUAGAUGGAUGAUCGAUAAAUGUGCCUCCCGGCAGCCACGACACACACCACACGAGCCUCUCUCACUUCAUUCCACAAUCAAUCAUCGAUUCCCCACUCCCGCGCUGUCUCCCCUCAUCCCCUCGUUCUGCUCUUGUCAGCAUCGACCGCCCGCCCCAUUGAGCGCACGCCACCCAAGUCGACAUGAUGAUGCCUCAUUCGGAGCCGCACGGCCAUAAAGGCGGACGGCUCCAAGCCGACAAGAGGAAAACAUGACCCCUACAGUUCUUGCUUGCUGGUUCAUGCCGCCCUUCAUCGCCUCCCUAGCCGAGAAGCAGUCACUCGCCCACACGGCUCUGAUGUGCCACCCAUCAGAACGGAGUGGCUGGCACAACAGAAGCAUGUGGGGAUCAUACUGCUCCUGAGCCACAGGAUGCACCGAAGAGGCCUCACAACAACAAAGACUCCCUCCCAUAGCUCAGCCACGUACGUACGUAUCCCAUCUCAUCCCAUCUUCUUGCCUCUCAUCUCCCUCACGGCAUCAGACGGCAGACAGCAACCCAGGACAGCUCCACACACACCACCAUUCAUCAUCAGACCGGCCGAAAAGCCUCCCCCUCCCUCCCUCCCUCCCUCGUUGCUAGAUCGAUCAGGCUGACGCCUCGGCGGCCUCGCCCCUCAAAGGCGUGUGCCGCUCGCUCACAGCGCGCCGCGCCCGUGCCUUGGUGGAGCGCGAUGGCCGUGAGUCGGGCUGCACGUUGGGUGGGACCGGGGAGGCGCCCUUGUGCAGCAGGUUCUGGAUGUACCCCUUCUUGGCCUCGGGCGACUGCAGUGCGUUCCUGCAGGCAUCAUAUCAUAUGCAGACGGCAGACACAUAACGGAUGACGGAUGGCCGGGGGAGGGGAGGGGAGGAGAGGGAAGGGCGUACCAGUGAUAGUGGGGGAUGAGGUACACUCGUUGGAAGGUGUUGCGCAUCCGCUCCUGGAAGCACCGCAGCUGAAACUUGGCAGCUGGGGUCAGGAGGAAACCUACAUUAACACAAGCCAACCACCGUGAGUGGCCACACAUAAGUGUCGGUGUGAUCGUAAUGACGUGGGUGUGUUGUGUGUAUAGAGGCACGCACCUGGUGCCUUCGUGUGGUCCGAGGUGGGGAAUAGGAAGUCAUUUUGGCUGGGGGGGUACUUGUAGGUGGACCCCACGUCGUGCCAGUAGUGCAUAGACGACCCCCACAGUAUCGCCACCUGCUUCUGGUGACCAUGCCCAUGGUUCGCCGCCAUCGUCGCCCCACUGGCCUCCUCCUCCGCCCUCUCUGCCGCACCAGCCAUGCCAGUCCCCACCCACCCCCCAGCACACGGAUGGCCGGGCACAUGGUGGUGGUGGUGGUGGUGGUGACUCGCCUUCAGACCACUACCGUCGCCCUCGCCCUCGUCGAGCUGGCUCUCCUCGCUCUCGGAUGAGUUGUAGCUGCCCACAGAGACCACACUGAUGGCAUCCUCAUCCUGACCGUCCUGUGGUGCGCUGGAGGCCUCUUGCUGCGCUUGUGCGGCGUCUCUGAGGGAGGCGAGCUCGUCGAUGUUGAUGGUGAUGUACGUGUGAAAGGGGUUGACGAAGAUCUUGUGGUCCGGCUGGCCGCCCGCAGCGGCAGCGCCGUCCUCGCCAUCGACGGGGGCGACGGUAGACGGCUUCUCACCUUCACCCUCGCCAUCCCCCUCACCGUCAGCAGCAGCAGCCACAGCCACAGCCACCUCCCCGACCUCUGCCUCCUUGAUCUCACUCUUCGGCUCCUCAGCUGCACUGGCCUCAUUCAUCGCAUCCGCCUCAAAGGGUGCGGUCUCGCUCCCCAGCUCGAUUGGAGAGGGCGGGGACGGCGGCGGGGGCGGCUGGUUGGGGUGGCUGAGGUGCUGGUGUGGGUAGGUGGUGUAGGUGUGUCUCUCGCCUAGGGUCUCCUCGUCGGGCAUGUGCAUCACGCAGGGGAUCUCGCACUCGUGGCGAAGAAUGAGACCGAUCUCCUGGCCACAGAGAUGGAGAUGGACACAUGAGAUGGAUGGAUGUGGUGGUGGUGGGGGGCUUUUGUGUGUGUGUGUGUGUAUGUACCUGAAGAGCGAACUCGGUUUCCUUCUCGAGAGCGCCUGCUCGCAGGCCAUGGAUACACCCACUGCUCAUGGUGGCGUGACGGGUGAACGACAAGCUCUGCUCCGCCUGACACACACACACAGGCAGACAAACCACAAGUCGCACAUGGGGUGUCGUCAAACCACCCAUACCCUCCCUGCUGAUUCAUACCUGUAUGGCCCGUCUGUUCCAUGGCAUGAGCGAGAAUCCCGCCCGUACCAAGUUAAGUAUGCCCACCUCCUCCUCACUCAGACAGUCCUUCUCAGAUAUGCACCGACCUGACAUUCAGCACACAACACACAACACACACCACACACCAAGUCCAUCUUUGCCCAUCACUGCCCCCCUCUCUCCCUCUGUGCUUACCGACGAGGAGCACCGGGUCCACCGGGUGUUCAGCAGUGCUGCCCCAACCCUCCCCCAGCACAGGUGGGGGCGGCACACUCUUCCCGCCACCUACACCAACACCCUCCCCCUUCGGUGUAUCACUCGACGCAACGAUCGGCCGCAGCGGUGCAGGAGGGGGCGGCGCCAUCAGCGACGCGAAACACAGUGUCACGCAGCUCGACAACGACAGGGGGGCGGGCGCAUUCUCCCCCACUCCCGGCACCCUCGCCACCACAUCCGAUGGGUCCAUGCUCGGCGAGCACGGCGAGAGCGCCAGAAGAGGCGACGAGGGUGGCGGUGGGGGCUGCUGCGGUCCGCCCUGGCCGAACACAAAGCUCGACGCGCUGCUCGCGUUGGGCGGCACACUGCCAGCCAUGCCGAUGCCGAUGCCGAUGCCGCCGAGAUGGGGCGGGGGCGGGGGAUGAGGCGAGUAGAUGUCGUUGUCCGCCAUGCCGGGCGAGAGGGGCGAGAGAGGCGUGACGUCAUAGGGGUAGGGGCAUCGGGGGUGCGCUGUGUGAGAUGGUGGGGGCGGUGGGAGGGGCAGCAGGCCGCCGGAGGGAUCCACACUGGGCGAUGUGUUUGUGUGUGACGAGGGGGACAUCGAUGCGGGGGCGGCGCGGACUGCCUUGUGGUGCUGCUGCUGUUGCUGUUGCCGGUAUUGAUGUGCGUAUUGGUGGGCCCACUGGUUGUACCCCCAGGCAUAGCGGAUGUGCUUGGCCAGAGUCCGUUGGAACUCAGAGAAAGCCCCGCUCGUCAGACCAAGCUGCGCACCAUAUACACACAGACACAGACACACACACACACACACAUCCACACACACUGGCAAACAAAUCGACCUCUCUCCCUCUGUGUGUGUGUGUGUGGUGUGUGCACCUGCACAUAGGCCGCAUAGACCUGGGCCAACAUCGAUGGCGUGAGGUAGGGCAUCUUGUGCAGCACCUCCUGGCUGACGGCCUGCAUGAAGGCCUCGUUCCUGAACGACAGCUUCGCCAGGUCCGUCGCCACAUGCACCAGCUGCUGGGCCGUCAGGUGCGACACCGUGCAGUGCUUCAGGUAGGUCGCCAGGAAGGUGCAGUCCACGAAGCCCAGACGCGCAAAGGCAUGCAGAAUGCUCUAUAGAGAGGAGAGACCAGACAGCAACCACCACAUGCGCGGCGGCACACACAGGCUCACGUGUUGUGUUGUUCGUGUGCUCUCACCUGCAUGUCGGCCGCCGUGAACUGUCUGAUCUGCUCCUGGACGGCAGGGACAACGAUUUCCAUGAGAGCCGGGGAGACCACCUGCAGCCGUGCGAAGGCGUUGAGUGUGGUGGCGAUGUCGAUGGGCCUGAAGGUGAGGAUCAGCCGGGGCAGCUGCACCACCACACGCGUGAAAAGGCUCUCGUCCUUGAUGUCAAACAGAGAGAACGACCUGCAGUGGACGGAUGGCAAGGACACAGAGAGAUUGGUGUGGUGGUGUGUGUGUGUGUGUGUGUGUUUGCCUGAGGAGCAGGGCGAUGGACUCGGCAUUGAAUUGUGCCAUUCGUCGCUGCGCCUGGAUUGACAUCUCCUGGAAGAGGGCCACGUCACGCACACCCGCCCGCUGAAACGCAACGGCCAUCUGACACACACACACACACACAUCCAACCACACACGCCCAUACAUGAGACGUCUGAACUGACCACCUCAGAUGCCCACACACACUCUCACCAUCUGCAGCUGGUGUGCGGUGAAGUCCCGAAUCACCUCCUUAGCGUGUCGCGACGCGAACUCAAAGACAUGCGGGAAAUGGAACCCCAGCUUCGCGAAGCUGUACGCCGCCAGCGUCAGCUCCCUCGCCGUCAGCUUCCCCCCCUCCCCAUCGGCCCCCUGCCGCUGCAUCUCGGCAGCUAUCGACCUAAACAGGGGGGCGUGGUGCAGGUUGAGGCGGGCGAAUGAUGAGGCGUGCGUCAUGAGGUCGCUGAUGGUGAAGUCUGAGACCUUCCUGAGGGUCUCGCGCGUGAGCACCUCGAUGGCGCCAGACACGUGACAGCGGAGGGAGGCGUAGGAGUCGAGCAGCCGCGUGAGCUCGGAGGGCGUGCACAGGUGGGCUGUGGCGAUCACCUACACACACACGGACAGAGAAAUCCAUGCGUGUGUGUCACGGGGGUGAGGUGGGUGUUGGGAGAGGUGCGAGGUACCUACCUGCGGCGUCAUGGCCAUGACGAAGUCUUCGUGCAGGAAGCCCAGGACGACGAACGAGUGGACGAUGGAGGCCAGCUCCUUGGCGUCGUAGUCGCGCAUGUGGGUCAGGAUGGUGCUCUUCAGACGCUGGAACAUGUACACGUGCUUGCGAUGAAUCAUCGCAAAGUUGUCCAAAAUCUGACGCACACAACCACACACACACACACACACACACACACAGAUGAGUGCACACCUCCUUCCCCCUCCCCUCCCCUCUCCCUCCCCCUCUAUCGUCAUGCUCGUGUGCCUACCGCAAUGAUGUCCUCCUUCUUUGUGGCAUUACUCAUGGUCUGAAUGUCCUGAUACUUGGCCCAGAAAUCCCCCUGUGCAGCAGCAGCCUUCUUCUCAGUCGCCCUCCCAAUGACGUCGUCCACAGAUACGACAGCCACACUCGGCGGCCGACUAGUCGCCAGAGGCGGCGGGGGUGGCACCCCGCCCCAUGAGUGCGUGUUCCACACGGGAGGCGACGACGCUGGCGAGAGAGCAGCGGUGCCACAGGCAUUGGCCGCCACGGACGAGAAGGCUCGCGGGGGGUGGCGGACGGGUGGCGGGGGAGGGGGUCGGGGGCUGACGUGUGUGGGAAUGGCAUUGGCACCACCGGCCAUGGCCAUCGUCGACAUUCCUCCUCCUUCUCCCUGUCUGGCUGAUUGCCUCCUGCGGCCGCCAAUCUGCGCAUUGGCACCACCGUGCGGUGCGCCACUUGGCUGAGGGGGGAAGGGUAGAGGGAGGGACGCGCGGUGCUGAGGCCGGUAGUGGGCGUCGAUGUCGUGACGAUGAGUGGAUGGUGAGGAAGUGGGACCGUUGACGAGCGGUGCAGGUCUCGGCCUCGAGGGCCCGGCAGCGGCGAGUGUGUUGGUGAGCAUGCCAGCGCGAUGCUUGGCGUGUGCUGUCGUCGACGACACGAUCAUGAAAAACAAACAACGCCCUCUCCUUCACGGAUCCAUCGCCACCCUCCUCGUUAUCACCCUUCCCAUUCUUCCC